CUGGCCAUGGAGGUGAUGGAAACAGAACCACAACUCGCCAAAGAAAAGCGUAGCCUCAGCCUCGGCGGUCAUGUGGGUUUCGAUAGCCUCCCCGAUCAACUGGUCAGCAAAUCGGUGUCGCAAGGCUUCUGCUUCAACAUCCUCUGUGUAGGAGAGACUGGAAUUGGGAAAUCCACUUUAAUGAACACGCUGUUUAACACAAUGUUUGAAAAGGAAGAGGCUACCCACUACGAGCCAGGUGUUCGUCUAAAGCCACGGACUUACUGCUUGAAGGAGACGAAUGUGGAUCUAAAACUGACCGUUGUUGACACGGUGGGAUUUGGUGAUCAAGUUAACAAAGAGGAAAGCUAUAAGCCCAUUGUUGACUACAUUGAUGCACAGUUUGAGAAUUACCUUCAGGAAGAGCUGAAGAUCAAGCGCUCACUGCAUGACUAUCACGACUCUCGAAUGCACGUCUGCCUUUACUUCAUUGCUCCCACCGGUCACUCCCUCAAAUCAUUGGAUCUGGUCACCAUGAAAAAACUGGACAGCAAGGUAAACAUUAUCCCCAUUGUUGCCAAAGCUGACACAAUUUCUAAAAGCGAGUUGCAUAAAUUUAAGAUCAAGGUAAUGAGCGAGCUGGUCAGCAAUGGUGUACAGAUCUACCAGUUCCCGACUGAUGACGAGGCAGUGGCCGAGAUCAAUGGAACAAUGAACGCCCAUCUUCCAUUUGCAGUUGUUGGGAGCAUGGAAGAGGUGAAAGUGGGGAACAAACUGGUCAAAGCUCGACAGUAUCCAUGGGGUGUAGUCCAGAUUGAAAAUGAAAGUCAUUGCGACUUUGUGAAGCUUCGGGAAAUGCUGAUACGCGUCAACAUGGAGGACCUGCGAGAGCAGACCCACGCACGGCACUAUGAGCUGUACAGGCGCUGCAAGCUGGAGGAGAUGGGGUUCAAAGACACUGAUCCUGACAGCGAGCCAUUCAGUCUGCAGGAGACCUACGAGGCAAAGAGGAACGAGUUUCUGGGUGAACUGCAGAAGAAGGAGGAGGGGAUGAGGCAAAUGUUUGUCAUGAGAGUUAAAGAGACUGAGACCGACCUGAAAGACAAGGAAAAAGAGCUCCACGAUAAGUUUGAUCAGCUGAAGAGAAUGCACCAAGAAGAGAAAAAGAAGCUGGAGGAGAAGCGAAGGGACCUGGAAGAGGAAAUGAACGCCUUUAACAGGCGGAGAGUAGCCGCUCAGACACUGCAGGCGCAGUCUUACCAAACUACCGGACAGCAGCCGGUCAAGAAGGACAAAGAUAGGAAAAAGUAGUCUAGGCUUGGAUUUGCAGUCGAAUAUUCCCAAGCCUUCUGUCAAGUGAAGGAGAUUAAGGGUCUAGGUGAGUUCCAGUCCACAAAAGACCCGGGAAAAUGGAUAUUGCAGCUUUACAACGGGUUGUAUGUCUAUAAACUGCACAUAUUUUAACAUCUCUGCUAGAAGGCAGAGAGUAAAGGACCGGAAAGCAACCCAAGGAUCAGGUGCUUGUUUUUCUUGAUGCAAUUUUUCCUUGCAUCCUUGUACCAAAAUAGUUCUCGAGAAAACGAGAAUUGCAUUUGCCCCGAGCUACUUGUAAUCGAGGGACCACACUCGAAAUCCACCAAAUAUUUAUAAAAUAUAUAAUGUUUUUUUUGUUAAAUGAAUACUAAAGGUGGGCAUUAAAUUUGUCUUAAAUUUUACAUUUAAUGUUAUUACUUGAAAACUCUUAUCGCUCCCUAUUUUUCUGUCAGUUCAUUGUAUCAUGUUUCUUUUUUCCUCUUUGGGAUUUUUGAUAUGCUUUUGGAUUUCAUUUUCUUUUUGUCCUGUUACUUUCAGCCAUUGUAACUGUCGUAUCCGAUAGCUUGUCUGCUCAGCUGAUGUGUUUCUGUUCAACAUUUGUACACUGUAUGUACUCAAAGCAAUUCUUUGUGUUAUUUUUGUUAACAUACUGCACUGACAUCUACAGUUGACUGUGUUUAAUUAUUCUACCAUUUGAAUUUAGUAUUCGAUAUCGAUCCAGCGUAUUGGAUUCAUUUUUAAUAUUAUGACUUUUGAGGUUACAAAAUUCGUGUGCACCCCAUCAAAAUCGAAGCAGUUACAAUUUCUGUGGCCAGUUUGGCGAUUUGAGUUUGUAUUUUAAAUGUUUGGCUUUUAUUUUUCAUCAUUUUGUUGAUCUGCUUCACACUGACUUACCGUUUGUCAUUAAAUGCUAAUAAAUUCAUGGUUUGUUUUUGGA